CCCCCCUGCCCCGGCCUCCUCCCGUGGGGGGUCCUGGCUCGGUGGCUGCAGCUGCACCAGCAUCAAGGCGCAGGGAGGUGGGCGGAAGGGCCUUGAGAUAAGGCGUCAGACACAACACCGGGGCGGGGGCACCCCCCUGCCAGCCCUCAUAAACGGCGCGGCCGCCGGAGCCGGCACCGCGGGGCCAUGGAGAGAAGCACGGUGCUGAUCACGGGCUGCUCCUCGGGCAUCGGCCUCGGCCUGGCCGUGCGCCUGGCGGCCGAUGGCGGCUUCAAAGUGUACGCCACCAUGCGCGACCUGGCCAAGGGCGAGCGGCUGCUGCAGCUCCUCGGGGGCCGCUGCCCCGACACGCUGGAGGUGCUGCAGCUCGACGUGACCGACCCGCGGUCGCUGGAAGCCGCCGCACGCCGGCUGCAGGGGCAGGCGCUGGAUGUGCUGGUUUGCAACGCUGGGGUGGGACUGAUGGGUCCCCUGGAGACCUGCUCGGACCAGGACGUGAAGAACGUGUUUGAUGUGAACCUCUUCGGGGCCAUCCGCACCAUCCGGGCGUUCCUGCCCGCCAUGAAGCGCCGCAGGGCCGGGCGCAUCAUCGUCUCCAGCAGCAUCGGGGGGCUGCAAGGGCUGCCCUUCAACUCCGUGUACUGCGCCAGCAAGUUCGCGGUGGAGGGGCUGUGCGAGAGCCUGGCCAUCGUCCUGCGGCCCUUCAACAUCCACCUGACGCUGGUGGAGUGCGGGCCCGUGAACACGAGCUUCCUGAGCAACCUGCGGCGCCCGGACCCCGACGGCAGCGAACUGCAGGGCCUGGACGCCGAGACGCGAGGUCUCUACCGCCGGUACCUCCGGCACUGCCAGGGGCUCUUCCGCGCCGAGGCCCAGGAGGUGGAGGAGGUCCUGCAGGUGUUCCUGGAGGCCAUGGGCAGCCCCCGUCCCCCCCUGCGCUGCGCCACCACGCAGCUCCUGGCGCCGCUCGCACGGCUCCGCCUGACCGACGGCUCCGCGUACGUCCAGGCCAUGCACGACUUCGUGUUCGGCCGCCGCGAGGCCGGCGGGGACCAGCCCUGA